AUGAACGUUGAUAAAAGUUUUGAUGCCGAUGUGGCAAAACCGAAAAAUAUUGCCAUCAUUCAUCCCGAUUUGGGGAUUGGUGGGGCCGAAAGGCUUAUUGUUGAUGUGGCCAUUGGACUUCAAGAUCUCAAGAACCAUCAUAUUACCAUAUACACUUCACAUUGUGAUAAAAGCCAUGCAUUUGAAGAGGUUGCCAAUGAUAAGCUUGAAGUGGUGGUAUAUGGGGAUUUCUUGCCUCGGAAGAUCUUUGGACGGUUCACGAUUCUUUGUGCUACUCUUAGACAACUAUACCUUACGAUGAAAGUAUUGUUCUUGACCGGUUCAAGCUACGAUUUCUACAUCAUUGAUUCUUUGGCGGCAUGUUUGCCGGUGAUUUGGUUGUUCAAUAUUUUAUUGAAAUCGAAAAAUGGGUUCUCGAAAGUGUUAUUUUACUGCCAUUUCCCCGAUUUGAAACUUUCGCAGAACUCCACCGGUAGCACUCUUAAAAGCCUUUAUAGAAUGCCGUUUGAUUAUUAUGAGCAGUUUUGCUAUGUGUUCCCCCAUAAAUUGUACGUGAAUUCGAAUUUCACUAAACAGAUUUUCGCAGAAACUUUCGACAUGUUGCCAGGUUUAGCAUCAUUCACCGCCCCCACCGUGGCAUACCCUUGUAUUGACGAAACCAUCCACAACGACCCAAAACUUGAUGCAAAAAUUCACGCCAAAUUUUCCAAUUCCAAAUUUUUUUUGAGUAUCAAUCGGUUUGAAAGGAAGAAAAAUGUCGAGCUCGCCAUCAAAUCAUUUUCCGAACUCGUGAAACGGGAAAAAACCCCCUCAAAAUCCUUAAAGUUAUUAGUUGCUGGGGGUUAUGACAAAUUAGUGUUAGAAAACGUUGAGUAUUUAAAAGAUCUUUGCACCAUCUCUGCUGAUUUCAACCUUCAAUACCGGGUGUUUACAGACUACCAAGAGUUUAUCGAUACCGAUCUCACUGCCGAGUGUCAAAUCUAUUUCUUACCAAACGUUUCCACCGACUUGCGUAAUUCCUUGAUGAAAUACACCGCGAUGUUGUUGUAUACCCCAUCAUUUGAACAUUUUGGGAUCGUUCCUAUCGAGGCGAUGAAGUAUAAUACUUUGGUAUUAGCAAUCAACAACGGGGGUCCAAAAGAGAGCAUCGCACCUUUAGAUGAUGAUUAUGAAGGAUUAAAAACCGAAAAAAUCUCGAUAACCAACGAUAAAGGUACCGGGUUCUUGAAGCCUGCGGACGAGAAAAUAUGGAGUAAUGUCAUGGAAUGCAUUAUUUCCAUGAAAGAUUCUCAACGCGCUAAAUUGGGGAGCAACGGUGAGAAAAUCAUUGAAAAGUUGUUCACCAGAAAAGUGCUUACAGAAACCAUCAACGAGGAUAUUGUCAGGUUAUCAAAGAAUCUGACGAAUCUUGAAUUCCAAGAGACUCAGAGAACCCUUUAUUUCUUCUUAGUCGCGCUUGGUGCCCCAUUUAUUGCCAUUGCCAUUUUCUUAUUAUACCUGUUGUGA